AUGCGAGGUCUCGUUAUUCUCAGUGCGGCUGUCAGCCUGGCUAAUGCUGCCGUUGUCGAGAGGCAUUACCCUGUUCCUGGACAGGAGGAGUAUCCCGCUGUCCCUGAUACCGAGUAUACUCCCCCGGCGCCUGGAAACGGUGCCUACCCUCCUCCUGCCGUCGAGAAGCCUUCCACCAAGCCUUCUAACGAGUACCCUCCCCCCGAGGCUACUAAGCCUUCCAACGGUGGUGCCUAUCCUCCCCCCGAGGAGACCAAGCCUGUGACUCCUCCUGAGGAGACUCAGCCUACCGGCGUUUACCCUCCUCCUGAGAAGAGCACCGACGUCUAUCCUCCUCCCGAGAAGAGCACUGAUGUCUAUCCCCCUCCUGAGAAGAGCACCGACAUCUACCCUCCCCCCGAGAAGACCACUGGUGUCUACCCUCCCCCUGAGGAGACCACCAGCGCUUACACUCCUCCUGAGGAGACAACUGACGUCUAUCCUCCCCCCGAGGAGACAACUGACGUCUACCCUCCUCCUUCCGAGACCCAGCCCGAGGAGCACAGCUCAACCGAGACUCCUUACCUCCCUCCCACCGAGACUCUUCCUUCUGCUGAGAGCUCUACUGAGACACCUUACCUUCCUCCCAGCGACACUCUCCCUGCUGAGGGUACCUCAACUGAGACUGGUUACCUGCCUCCCACUUACACGAAGCCUUCUUACACUAAGCCAACCUACACCAAGCCUUCGUACACCAAGCCUGGCUACCCCGAGACCUCUAAGUGGACCACCUCAACCAUCUACACCACUCAGGUCCAGACUGUCACUAAGUGUCCUCCUGAGGUCACCAACUGCCCUGUUGGCCCUCACGUCACCACCGUGACUAUUCCCGUCUCAACCACCAUCUGCCCUGUGACUGAGGAGCAUCCUUCUUCUGUGUACCCUCCCCACCAGGAGACUACCAAGUUGACCACCUCCACUAUCUACACCACCAAGGUGCACACUGUCACUAAGUGCCCUCCUGAGGUUACCGACUGCCCCGAGAAGCCUCACGUCACCACUGAGACCAUCCCCGUCUCUACGACUGUCUGCCCCGUGACCGAGACUCACGUCGUUCCUCCUGUCCACGAGACUACCACCAAGCUGACAACCUCAACUGUCUACACCACCAAGGUCCACACUGUCACCAAGUGCCCUCCUGAGGUCACCAACUGCCCUGAGAAGCCCCAUGUCACCACCGAGACCUACGCUGUGUCUACCACCGUCUGCCCUGUGACUGAGACUCACGUUGUCCCUGUUCCUCCCAAGGAGACUCAGCCCAUCGUUGUUCCUCCUCCUCACCCCGGUAACGGAACAUGGACUCCUCCUAAGCCUCAGCCUCCUAAGGAGUCUCACCCCAGCUACCCUCAGCCUCCUGCUCCUCAGCCCCCCAAGGAGUCUCACCCCAGCUAUCCUCAGCCUCCUGCCCCUCAACCUCCUAAGGAGACCUACCCCGCUCCCCCCAAGGAGACUCAGCCUGGCGUCACUCCCCCCAAGGAGACUCACCCCGCUCAACCUCCUGCUCCUCAACCCCCCAAGGAGACCCAGCCUGCUCAGCCUCCCGCGGAGUCUCACCCUAGCUACCCUCAGCCUCCUGCUCCUAGCAAGCCUGCCGAGACUGCUCCCGUUGUCCCUGCUCCUAGCAAGCCUGCUGAGACCUACCCUGCUCCUCCUGCCACCACCCCCACCCAGGUCACUGCCGGUGCUGGACGUGUCGGAGGUAGCGUCGGAGCUGCUCUCUUCGCCGCUGGUUUUGUCGCCUUCUUCCUGUAA